AUGACUUUUACAAGUCAGAAGUUUCCCAACCCGUCCAUCUGCGAGUAUCCGACUUUAGAAGGAGAUUUAAGCUCAAGUAAGGAGCGGCCUGAAGCAAAGCCCAUCAUAGGAGUCAAGAGGAGUUUAUCAGCUUUCCAGAAAGCCCAAGAUCAGGAGAAAUGGCCACGGAAUUAUGAAGUUAUGAUCCAAUCUCCAAAACCGGUCAAACCAGUUCUACACUUGCCUCAAUUGGAAGCUAACCGGUUCAAUCAGCUUCAAACCAGACAUUUCCGACCAGGAGAUCAUUUCAACCAAUCAGGAGAUAUUCUAGGCAUCCAGGAGGAGUUCUACAAGUUCAUACCAUGCACUAGAAACCAUUGGAUCAGGAGGAUCCUCAUUUACUCAAACCUGCCUUAUUUGGAGCAAACCGACAUUAAUGUCGAACAGCUCUUUCCUCUUCAGUUUAGGCACGACCACAGCACAUUACAAGCAGUCAAGAAGGUUCCCAGGAAGCUUACUUAUCCCCUUAAACCAUCCAGGUUCAAGAAAGAUCAGAUUCUUUACUUGGAGCCAAAAUCCCACAAAAGGCUCCAACGGCUAGUUUUCGAUUUCUUUCUUAGUUUUCGAUUUGUUUCCUUUUCUAUUUGUUUUAGAACGUUAGGACCUUUGUCUCUGAGCCUUAUAUAAG